CUUUCCGGACGCUUUUCGAAGCCAGCCGCCGCCGCAACCACAGUCGCCUGUGCCUGGAGCGGAGGAGCUGAAGUUUGCGCGCCGAGAGCCGGGCAGGCAUGGAAACCGUCGACCAGCUAGCCUCCAAGGGCAGUUUUCGGGCGGUGAAGGAGCCCCUGGCUUUCCUGAGGCUGCUGGAGUGGCUUUUUGCAGUCUUUGCAUUUGCAACAUGUGGUGGCUAUUCUGGAGGACUGCGGCUCAGCGUGGACUGCGCAAACAGGACACAGAGCGACCUCAGCAUUGACAUAGCCUUUGCCUAUCCCUUCAGGUUGUACCAGGUGAAUUUUGAUGCUCCCACCUGUGAAGGAAGACGAGAAAAACUUUCACUAAUAGGCGACUUUUCCUCUUCUGCGGAAUUCUUUGUGACUAUUGCCGUCUUUGCCUUCCUCUAUUCCUUGGCAGCCACCGUAGUUUACAUUUUCUUCCAGAACAAAUACCGUGAAAACAACAGGGGUCCUUUGAUUGAUUUCGUUGUGACAGUGGUGUUCUCCUUCAUGUGGCUUGUGGGUUCUUCUGCUUGGGCUAAAGGUCUAUCUGAUGUGAAGGUUGCCACUGACCCAGAUGAAGUACUCUUACUGAUGUCAGCUUGCAAACAACAAUCCAACAAGUGCUUGCCUGUGUACAGCCCUGUUAUGUCAAGUCUUAAUGUUUCAGUUGUCUUUGGAUUCUUGAACUUUGUUCUCUGGGCAGGAAAUAUCUGGUUUGUUUUUAAGGAGACUGGUUGGCAUUCUUCGGGUUCAAGGUAUCCUCAAGAAACCCUCGAGAAACAGUCCAGCAGCUAUAACCAAGGUGGCUACAAUCAAGAUAGCUAUGGGUCGAGUGGUGGGUAUAACCAACAGGAAGACAAUUUUGGGCAACAAACUAAUUAUGGCCAAGUUGAUGAGUUUGGCCAGCAACAACAGAGUGGCCCGACUUCAUUUACUAAUCAAAUGUAG